AUGACGAGUAACGUUGAGAACUACAAGGGCGUUCUGGAUGGGAGACUGGGAUUUGGACAGAAGGCGGCAGUUCUGGUGAUCGACUUCACCAAAGCGUACACCACGCCCAGCAGCCCCUUCUAUUGCAAUGGCCAAGGCUUCGGAGUGACCGAUGCCAUCAGGGAAGCCAAACCGCUCAUUGAGCUUGCUCGAUCCAAAGGAGUCCCCAUCAUCUACACCAAGAUGUUUUAUGAGCACCCGACUGAUGGAGGUGUUUUCGCUCAGAAAGUGCCACUGUUGCGGACCUGGCGCAAGGACAAUCCUUUGGUUGAGAUCGACGAUUCCAUCAAGCCUUGUGAGACUGAUAUCAUCAUCGUGAAGCAGUACCCGUCCACCUUUUUCGGCACCAACGUUGCGUGCAACUUGAGAGCCAUUCAUGUGGAUACGUGCAUUAUUGUCGGCUGCUCUACCAGUGGAUGUAUCCGUUCCUCCGUGCUGGAUGGGAUGCAAUAUGGCUUCCGCUGCAUCGUGCCGCGCGAGUGCGUUGGAGACCGAACUCAGAGUAUCCAUGAGGCCAACCUUUUUGACAUGAAUGCCAAGAAUGGGGAUGUACUCAGUAAGAAGGUGGUCAUGGACUAUUUGAACAGUUUGGGUACUGACAUGUCCAGUCGCCCGAGCAAGCGCUUGUGCAGCGAACAAGCUGAUGGAGCAGGACAUGUUCCAUGUGGAGUUGAGGCCUUACAGAAUCUGGAGAACUACCAAGGUGUCUUUGAUGGAAAGCUGGGCUUUGGACGGAAAGUCGCACUGAUUGUCAUAGACUUCACCAAAGCUUAUGUCACUCCCAGCAGCCCCUUCUAUUGCAACGGCCGUGGCUUUGGAGUGACUGAUGCGAUCAAAGAGUCGAAGCCUUUGAUUGAGCUUUGCCGAUCCAAAGGAGUUCCGAUUGUGUACACCCAGGUGUGUUACGGACAUCCCAGUGACGGCGGGGUGUUCACCCAGAAGAUUGCUUUGCUGCGGACUUGGACCAAGGAGAAUCCAAUGGUCGAAAUUGAAGAGAGCAUUGCACCGCAUCAAGGAGACAACGUCAUAGUUAAACAAUAUCCCUCGGCAUUCUUUGGCACCAAUUUGGCUUGCAAUCUCCGCGCCAUUGAUGUUGAUACUUGCAUCAUUAUUGGAUGCUCCACUAGCGGAUGUAUUCGAGCAUCUGUACUGGAUGGCAUGCAGCAUGGCUUCAGGUGUAUUGUGCCACGUGAAUGUGUAGGGGACCGAACUCAGAGCAUUCACGAGUCCAAUCUUUUUGACAUCAAUGCCAAGUUUGGUGACGUGGUUGACAAGAGCACCGUCAUGGAGCAUGUGAGGAGAGGGGAUGAGCGUGAUGAGUGCACCUCGUCAGUUGAUCCGCGCCACGCAGUGACGUGGAGCCAUGUCCCUUGGGACUCGUGGGGUGGACGGAGCGGUUUCGAUCGGACCUGGGCCAUGGACCCGGUGUUGGCGAGGUUCUUCUGCUGCGCUGAAGCCACGGAGGGCGACACGGAGAUGAGGCCCGUGACCUUCGACACCGACCAAGUCCUGCCUGGCCAGGACGUGGCACCUGUGCCCUGCCUCGUUUUUACGGUGGAGCUGAACCGCACCGCAGGCUCCAGCUUCGGUGUGGAUAUCUCGGCGGCUGGGAAGGUGUGCAUGGUCAAUGGGAUCGAGGAAGGCAGCCUGGUGGGCGAAUGGAACCGGAAAGUCACCAUCCCGGAGAAUCAGAUCCGUCAGUUUGACCGUUUGAUGAGCCUGAACGGGGAGAAGCCCGCCAAGGGCAAGGACAUGCUCGAACGGCUCCGGGAUGCGACUGGAAUGGUGAGCAUCCUGGUGCAGCGGCCACAGGUGCAGAAGGUGCAAGUCAGCAAGAAUGGGAAGGACUUGGGCCUUAGUGUCAUCGACGGGCAAAGCUUUCUCUUGGUGACGCGAAUCACCGAUGGUGCCAUCAGCGACCACAACGCGAGCGCCAGCCCGAAGGACGUCGUCAAGGUGCCUAGCCGCAUCGUCAGCGUGAAUGGAAAGAAGGGUAAAGGAUCAGAGCUCUUGAAGUUCAUGGAGGAGGCCACAAGCUCCUUCGAACUCGAGAUGCUGUGCUAUGACUGA